GGAGAUUGGCAAGGCAAUAUGACAUAAACCAAGCCGGGGAUGUUGAGUAACUGCACGUUUUGUGAGUAAUUUCUGUCAUUGUCUCGUUAACCCUCAGUUCAAUGUACCCAAAUCCACUUAGACAACACUGGCUACCGUGUGAAUCUUUACCUGCUUUUAGUUGAAGCGAAGCCGCUGGUCGCCGAAGGUGGACAGCUGAUGGAGACAGUGGUCCACAGGGUCUGGUGACCCUCUGACUGACGCUGCUGGCAGCCGCACCAACUAUGCCCGUCGAAGGUUCAGAGGACCACGUGCCCUCCUCUCUCUCCAGCCCGGCCAGUGCCGCGCUCACCCCGGGAGGGACAGAGGAUGAUGGGGCUGCAGGAGGGGGAUCAGCGGUCUGCGCUUUCCCCGAAAACAGUCAGGGCUCCGAGGCGGCUGCAGCCUAUCCUGCCAACACUGGACCCGAGGAGGGCAACAGCGCCGGCAAGAAGUCCGGAGCCUUGUUGCAGAUCGACCGGCAGCGCAUCCGAGCAGCGUUUGCCAGCUCUGGGGCAGAUGAACUCGAGGGCCUCGGCGUGGCCGUGUAUGACCAGGACGUCCUUGAGCAAGGUGUCCUGCAGCAAGUGGACGAGGCGAUUCAGGAGGCCAGUCAGGCUGCUGCCAAAGCAGAGGCUGAGAAGGAGUACCAGUCUGUGCUCGAUGAUGUCAGGUCCGUUACAUCCUCUCUGAAACAUAUCAACAAGAUUAUCGAGCAGCUGUCUCCCUAUGCUGCUUCCAGCAAAGAUAUCAGUCGGAAGGUCGAAUCGGUCAAACGGCAGAAAGAAAAUAAGGAGAAACAGCUGAAGAAAGUCAGAGCCAAACAGAAACGACUUCAGGCCAUUCUGGGAGGAGAGGAUACCCAAAGGGUUGAAGCUGAGCUUUUGGCAGAAGAUGAUGGAGAGGAAGCCGGGCCGUCCACACUGGGCAGCAUGCUCAUGCCAGCUCAGGAGACUGAAUGGGAGGAGCUUAUCCGGACAGGUCACAUGACCCCAUUUGGAACCCGAAUCCCUCAGAAAGAGGUGAAGAAGGAGCCUCGGAAACUGAUGCUUGCGGAGGAUUCGGCCUUUGACCAGUACUUGACAGACCAGGCCAAGUUGGCUACUGAGAGGAAGAGAGUCCCUCUUCUAAAAAAGAAGAGACAGUCCGGACUCAGCCCUGACAAGCAAGCCGGGGUGAAAACCAACAGAACUGUUUCCCCUAAGGAUAAAAAACUAAAGAAGCGCAUACGAAAGCUGCAGAUAUCUGCUCUGAAGGUCCAUCCUAAGGCUCGGCCUAAGGCUGUGCCCCAACUCCCUAAAUCAAAGAGGAAGCAUCAAACCGAGGGAGAGGAGAGCCAAAGCGAUGGGUCAGAGUAUCUGCCCACUGAUGAGACCAUAGAUCCUGACCAAGAGGACAGAGAAGCCAUGGAGGAGGGCUUUGGGGAGGAUGAUGAUGAUGAGGAUGAAGACUAUGAGCUGAAACCAUACAAGAGAAAAACUGAAGGGAGAGCGAGGAAGAAAGCAAAGAAAAAGGAGGACAGUGGGGAAGAGUACUGCCCUGAGAGUUCAGAGGAAGAGGAGGAUGGGGAAAAAAAUGGAAAACUGAAAACAUUUAAAGAUGAUGGAGAUGUGGACUACUACAGACAGCGGAUAAGGAGAUGGAAGCGACAACGUCUUCGAGAAAGAGAGGAGAAGAGGGAGCGAGGUGAGGAGCUGACGGAUGACAGUGAUGCAGAGUUUGAUGAAGGCUUCAAAGUGCCUGGUUUCCUCUGGAAAAAACUCUACAAGUACCAGCAGACAGGUGUGCGCUGGCUGUGGGAACUCCACUGUCAGCAGGCGGGCGGCAUCCUGGGAGACGAGAUGGGAUUGGGUAAAACCAUCCAGGUCAUCAGCUUUCUGGCUGGACUGAGCUACAGCAAACUGAGGACCAGAGGAUGCAACUAUAGGUACGUUGGUCUGGGUCCUACAGUCAUUGUGUGCCCAGCUACAGUCAUGCACCAGUGGGUGAAGGAGUUUCACACCUGGUGGCCUCCUUUCCGAGUGGCUGUUCUGCAUGAAACUGGCUCCUUCACCAGCAGCAAGGAAAGGCUCAUUCCAGAAAUAGCAUCAUGUCACGGUAUCUUGAUAACCUCCUAUUCAGCUGUUAGGAAUCUGCAGGACGCCUUGCAGCGAUACGAUUGGCACUACAUUAUACUGGACGAGGGCCACAAGAUCAGGAAUCCAAAUGCUGGGGUUACGACCGCCUGCAAGCAGUUUCGUACUCCCCACAGGUUCAUCCUGUCAGGUUCUCCCAUGCAGAACAAUUUGAAGGAGCUGUGGUCUCUGUUUGACUUUGUCUUCCCCGGGAAACUGGGCAUGUUACCUGUGUUCAUGGAGCAGUUCUCUGUGCCAAUCACCAUGGGGGGAUACAGCAAUGCCUCACCUGUACAGGUCCAGACAGCGUUUAAGUGUGCAUGUGUGCUGAGGGACACCAUAAAUCCUUACCUGCUCAGAAGGAUGAAGGCAGACGUCAAGGCCAACCUCUCCUUACCUGACAAAAAUGAACAGGUUCUGUUUUGCAAAUUAACAGAGGACCAGCGGCAGGUGUACCAGGGCUUCCUGGAUUCCAAAGAGGUCUACCAGAUACUAAACGGGGACAUGCAGGUAUUUUCAGGUUUGAUAGCGCUCCGUAAAAUGUGUAACCACCCGGACCUUUUCUCUGGCGGCCCUCGGAUACUGAGGGGAAUCCCAGAGGACCAGCUAACCGAGGAGGAACAGUUUGGCUUUUGGAAGCGCUCGGGCAAGCUGAUAGUGGUGGAGUCACUGCUGCGUCUCUGGUUCAAACAGAGCCACAGAGUCCUGCUCUUCAGUCAGUCUAGACAGAUGUUGCACAUCUUGGAGGUGUUUGUGAGGGAGAAUAACUACUCCUACCUGAAAAUGGACGGCACUACCCCGAUAGCUUCCCGACAGCCGCUCGUCGCUCGGUACAACGAGGACAAAUCCAUUUUUAUCUUCUUGUUGACCACUAAAGUCGGAGGUCUGGGAGUCAAUCUGACUGGAGCCAACAGAGUCAUCAUCUAUGACCCAGACUGGAACCCCAGUACUGACACACAGGCACGGGAGCGAGCGUGGAGGAUCGGUCAGAAGCAGCAAGUGACCAUCUACAGACUGCUGACCGCAGGGACCAUCGAGGAGAAAAUCUACCACAGGCAAAUCUUCAAACAGUUUCUGACCAAUCGUGUUCUGAAGGACCCCAAACAGAGACGCUUCUUCAAGUCCAACGACAUCUAUGAGCUAUUCACCCUGUCUGACCCUGAUGGAGCUCAGGGAACAGAGACCAGCGCCAUAUUUGCAGGUACAGGCUCUGAUGUCAAGGCACCUAAGAAACACGAUAGACUAAGGCCACCGCACAUGCUGAACCGUGGCAGACACGCACAUAAACACUCCUCAGCAAACCAGAACGAAACCGGCGCAGACAACCGACACUCCUCAACAAAUUUUCCUGCAUUAAGGGAUGGAAAUACCUCCGUGUGCAUUAAAAACUCUCCGGGUAAAAUUAACAUCCCGACGGACAGUCAAAGCACCAAUCACAGCGUUGUGGACGUAAAGCCAAAUAUUUCAACAAAUACGCAGCACACAGAAGAAAAGAGCAGAGACUGUGACGCAGCCGAGCCAGCGGGGAACAACUCAACCAGCUCACACCGACACAGACGCAAAGACUCUGCCCUGACGAGCCCACAGAAACACAGGGAGAAGAGGAAGCACUGCGACUCGGCCGACUCGGACAAACGCGCGCACAGGAAACGCAAACACUCCCAAGGUGCUCGGUUCGAAGGCCAGCGCAUCUCUCACUUAGUGAAGAAAAGGUCCUUCAACAAAGCGGAGAAUGAAGACAACGAGACGGAGGACGAGAAGAAAUCCGACGAUUAUGUCUUGGCAAAGCUCUUCAAGAAAUCCGGUAUCCACAGUGUGAUGCAGCAUGACACCAUCAUGGAGGCGUCCAACCCGGACUAUGUUCUUGUGGAGGCUGAAGCCAACCGAGUGGCCAAAGAUGCCCUGAAGGCCCUGAAGGUUUCUCGCCAGCAGUGCAGACUGCCUUAUAAUAGACCCCCUCCUCCGCCCGCAAGGAAACGGUUUGGACAAAAGAAGAAUUCGCUCCUGGUUGCACCCUCAGUUCAAUCUGUCCCUACUCCGAGCAAAUGCAAGGAUGCUGCUAUUGUUCAGAAGUCUUUGUCAAAGAAGCCUGGCGCAGGGGCUCACUUUAGCGGGGAGGGGGCCGAAGGUAACUCAAACUCCACCCCGCUCUCUUCCUCCUCCCUGCUGGUCAAGAUGAAAGCCCGCAACCACCUCAGCAUGCCCUCGGGCCAAAGGGAAGAAGCGGGGGAAGACGAGGACGGCUCCGGAGCUCCAGUGAGGGGCUCUCCCCCGCCACCGCCCACCGAGCACGACGAGCUGCUGGUGGACGUGCGCAACUUCAUCGCCUUCCAGGCGACCGUGGAUGGACAGGCCACCACCCAGGAAGUGCUGGGCUAUUUCAAACCAAGACUAACCAAGCAGCAGGCGCCCGUCUUCAGAGAGCUGCUCAGGAGCGUCUGCGACUUCCACAGGACGUCUGGUCAGGACGGCAUCUGGAAACUGAAGGAGCACUUUCGCUGAGGAAUGACCGAACUGUGAUGCAUAUUUCAAUUCUUGUCAGAUAUGAGCCUGUAAAGUUCAAGCAGUAUGUUUUUGCUAACUUGUGUCAAAUGGAGAUCUUGUAAAAUGCAGAAAUUGAGAUAGUAAAGGACCAUCUCUUAUUUGAAGUUUGAAAUAGAAGGACCAUGUGGUGGAAGAGCCAUUUUAUUGUAAUAUAGGCUGUUGUGUUAUCUGAUAAACUCAAGUGUUUAUCAGGUAAUGAUCGGUUAACUGAGUCUCGAGGGGGAAGGUCAGUUGAAUGUCUCAUUUAUUUCAGCUGCAUGAAUUAGUUAGAGUUUUUUGCUUGUUAAGCUUCUGGUUUUUUUUUUUGUUCUUUGUUCCUGCUCAUACUUGAAUUCACCUGUUUUUUAUUAAGACUGUAUUAACUACGGCAAUACUUUACUCAGAGAUAUGUGUUGUUUACAUUCACAAUUUGGACCUCGACGUCCGAUUUUGUAAUCUGCCUCUGUAAAAUAUAACCGGGCAGUCAGUGUGCCAUUUUGUAAAUACGACCAAAUCACAUUGGAUUUUGUAAUCAUGUAUGUAUGUACUAUGAGUGGGAGCUUUGAAGUAUUUUACAAUUCACUAUUUGGCCAAAAGCAUUUAAAUAGAUGCCAAUAUUUUACAUGCACAAAAUAUAUCAAAUUAAAACUCCCAAUUCGUGGUCUUGCAUAUACUGCAAUAAACCUCUGUAGCUGCUGGCAUUGUCCUGUUUAGUUAUUUGAAUAUGCAGGUUUUAAAUAGGAAAACUAAUUGAAUUAUUCUGAAACAUUGUUUUAUAAAAUAAUUGAAAGUAAUGAAUAAAGGUUACCCAGCAAAAAAA